AUGAGGGCGGCGGGCGGUGUAGGAGCCCCCGGCCCUGACGUCUCCUGUCUUGGUUUAGAGAUCAGCAGCCUACAGAAGGACAUCUUGGUCUUACCGCUGGAUUUGACCGACAGGAGCACCCACGAAGCCGCGACCAGACGCGUUCUCCAGGAAUUCGGGAAGGGAUUUGUCCACAGUGUCGGAGCUGAACUUUCGGAGUACCCGGGAAUUACAGUCUCCACUGUACGCCCAGGACCGGUGCAGUCCGAUAUUGUAAAACACGUCUUCAGUGAGGAGCUCUCAAAGCCACUCAUUAACCUGGUGGCCCAGGGCUUAAAGAUGCCCACCGCCCGCUGCGUCCGGUUGAUUCUGGUCAGCAUUGCCACACCUGAAGUCUGGAUUUCCCAACACCCUUUCCUGGCCAUCCGCUACUCCUGGCGGUACACGCCCACUUGGGGCUGGUGGCCGCUGAACUGGCUCGGCAACCGGAGAAUUCAGAACUUCCAGAAUGGAGAGGUAAGGCUGCGGUAACGUCAUCUUAUCGCGGCGUCGGCU